UAAAUAAUAAUUAAAAAGCCAAAAUUGAUUAAAUUCGCAAACAAAACUAUGUAAUAUAUUUAUUUCUGUGAGUUCUUAAUGAAAGUGGAAUGAAGGAAUGGAAUAAAAAUAAACUGCAGCACAACUGAAACCGUCAAGCUCAUUAACCCAACCACAACAACGUCACCGUCCUGGUGAUUCCCUGGACUCUGGUCAAACACUUUGGAUAGUAGAAUCCUACGGAUUCUCUUCAUUCUAUGAACAGUGAACUAGGCUUAAGAAUGCGAAUUUAUCCCUGUAGUUAAACGUCUUUAUUCAUCUAGAAAUCCCCUAGAGUAUUCAAGUUUAAUGCAUAUAAGUAUAUAUAUGAUAUUGCUAAAGUGGAAUGUGGCUUCAAUUAAAACGAUAGUGCAAAAUUAUUUUUACAUAACAACUCAACUUCGUUUGAGCAACAAAUACUUGUUCAAAAUUCCAAUUAAAUGCAAGGCCGUCCGUCCGUACAUCGUCAACUUGGAGAUUUUUGCAAAGUUCUGUCUGGCCUGCUUUUGUUGUUGAUGGGGUCUCUGCCAGUGGGCCGAGUGAAUAACUACUAACUAGACGGUGAUUAAGAAUCCAAUGGAACGCACACGGUCAUGGUUGUGUGGAUAAGCAAAAUUAAGAGAUAACUUUUGUUUAAUUAUAAUUUGUGUGUGUGGUUUUUUUUGUCUGCCAUCUUGUAGAGAACAACGUUCAAGUGUUUCUCCACCAACAAUUAAUUGUUGCAAGUGAUAGCAAUAGAACAACCGACUGAAUCGACACCCUCUCAGCUUUUUGCCGUCCAUAGUGUGGCUGAGGUUUUGGUGUGGCAUUCGGAUAAAGUGAAAUUACGUGGCCACCCAUUCCUCUGUUUCUGUUUUUGUAAACAAACGUAAAUAAAACCCCCUGCAGAAGGGUGGGUAUUUGCGAGGAGAUGGGGUGUUGUGUUGCUUCCUCCCCAAGUGUUCUCAAGUGAUUUGUUUUUGUUUCGCCCUGCUCUCUUCCUCGGUUAUUAUUUAUAAUUAGAACGAAAACCAAAAAAAAAAAAAACAAAAUAAACAGAAAUAGAAAUAAAUAAACAAAUAAGUAAUGAAUUAUGUUAAACAAUUGAAUGGUGGCGCUAUGAAUAGUGUUGUUGCUGUUGCCGGCGACUCAACACCAUUAACAGCAACGGCAGCACAAUUUAUACCGAAAAGUUCGGCCAAUACUACAAUGGUCCUUAACGAUUUGGUCAGUGGUUCGCUGAGUGACUCCGAGCCAGAGUUUAUCGACAACAAUAGUGUGGAGUUGCGAGGCUACCUUAGCAAAUGGACCAAUUACAUAUAUGGCUGGCAGCCGCGCUACAUAGUCCUAAAGGAUGGUACGCUGUCCUACUACAAAUCAGAGUCAGAAUCGGAUUUCGGUUGUCGUGGUGCUAUAAGUCUCAGCAGAGCUACUAUCAAGCCCCACGAAUCCGAUGAACUACGAUUCGAUGUUGUGGUCAAUAAUUAUAACAAUUGGUGCUUACGAGCCGACACACCCGAGGAUCGCAUGCAUUGGGUUGAAGUGUUGCGUAUGUACAAGGAGGAUAGCACCAGCACAGACACCAACUCAUUGCGGCGACAUGGGAGCACAAUGUCCUUACAAUCGAAUACAGUAUCUGUGGCAAGUGGCAGUAGUUUGAAGAAAACGCAGCGUAAUCUCAAAGAGAAAGUUGGUGAAAUUGAAACAUUUAAGGACAUAUUGUUUGGACAAAUUGAAAUGUUACAAAGAUACUUUGAUGCCUGCGCCGAUAUUAAUAAGGAUAUGGAAAAACCAUUAGAUUUGGGUGAUGGUUUAAAACCAAUUGAUUUCAAGGGUGAAUCAAUAACAUUUCGUGCCACCACCUCAGGUGUCUUAACAACUUUACAGCAUUGUCUGGAUAUAAUUGCCGAGAAUGAUGAGACAUGGAAACAUAAACUAGAAAGAGAGAUUGAAAAACGUAAAAAAUUUGAAGAACAAAAUCGUAAAUUCAAAGAAGAAAUGGAAAAGAUUAAACGAAUAUCAUAUCCUGGUCCAGACUUAGAGGAAGGACCACAUUCCACCCUACCUGAAGAUGAAUUUUUCGAUGCUGUUGAAACAGGAUUGGAUAAAAUCGAAGAGGACAUGCAAUUGCGAGUCAAAUUGAAAUUGCAAUCUCAACAGUCCCAAAUCUCAACUAAUUCAAUAAUUCCCGCACAGUCAGAAAAUGGUGAGGAUGGUGGAGAUGAUGAAAAGUUUGGCACAGGCGCUUUAGCAAAAUCUCAUGGUCUAUGGAGCGAGAUUGAUCGAGUGUGCCUGGAACAGCUGCAUCAUGCCCGACAGGGAGUGGGCCAAGAUGGCAAUGGCUGGCAAAUAUUUGCCGAUGAGGGCGAAAUCAAAAUGUACAAACGUGAAGAGGAGGUGAACGGAAUGGUGGUGGAUCCCUUAAAAGCCUAUCAUUCUGUGAAAGGGGUGACGGCUAGAGAAAUGUGUCACUAUUUCUUUAUGCCAGAAUUCCGCAAUGAAUGGGAAACUACUCUGGAGGACUGCACAAUUUUAGAGAAAAUCUCCCCAGACACAUUUCUAUUCCUGCAGACACACAAGCGUGUUUGGCCCGCCAGUCAACGCGAUGCGCUUUUCUGGUCGCAUAUGCGUAAAAUAACCGAUGGUCUAGAUGAGGGUGCCGCCGAUACCUGGAUCGUUUGCAAUAACUCCACAGAUUAUUCUAAGCAAGAGUCAAAGAAUGGCAAAUGUGUGCGAAUAUUUUUAACUGUAAUCAUGGCUUGUCAAACGCAUUUACCUUCGGGAAAAACAAAAACAGAUGCGUUAUCGCGGGAUGAUUUAACUUGUAAAGUCACUUAUUGUUCUGUGGUUAAUCCCGGUGGUUGGGCUCCUGCUUCAGCUUUACGCGCUAUAUAUAAGCGCGAAUAUCCAAAGUUCCUUAAACGCUUCACCAGUUACGUGAUAGAUCAGCGUAAAGAUAAACCCAUUAUGUUCUGAUAUUUGCCAUUUUCAUUAAAAUAUUUAUUAUAAUUUUUGUUCAUACAAUUUCAAACUUUGUGCAUACCUCUUCUUAUUUAAAUUUUAUACACUUUUUUUAAUUUGUUAAAAAAGAAAAUCAAAAAAAUACAAAUCUUUAUAUUUCUAAAAGAAAACAAAAAAAAUCCGAGAAUGGCUAAAGAAAAUUAGUUCUUGUUAUAGUUUUUUAAAAACAUUUUCUUAUACUUAAAAAUUGUUAAAGUUCCAAAUGUUCUACUUGUAUAAAAUACACUCAGUGCGUUUCUAAAUUUACUUCUAUUUGUUUCCAAAUGUGGUUCAGUUUUUGAAAUUCAAGUGCUGUUGAACACAAAAAUAAAAAUAAUACUUUAAUUAAAUAAUCAUGUUUACUCUCGUUCAUGUAUGUAGCUAGUAAAUUACAAAUUACUACAGUUUGAGAAAAAAAAACCUGUUAAGCCCAUUCGAAACUUAAUGCCUUUUAAGAAAAACAAAGUGUAAUAAGAACAUAAUAGAUUAUUCCAUAUUUAUAAAUUCUGGGAUAUGUGAAUAUCCAACAUAGCCCAGUUCCAAACUAAACAGAAAUAUGUAUAAAUUAAAAAAAAAAACAUGUAAAGAUUUCUUCUUCCCAAAGAAAGUGAAAACCUUAUAAAAAUUCAUUUUACACUUAAUUUAAGUUUUGAGAAUUUCUUUAUUGAACUUUCAGCUGAAUAUUGUUAGGUUGUUUUUUUUAACUUUUUACACAGUACACACAGAGCAGACAACUGGAAACAAUUUUUGAAUUGCUAUAUUUUGCUUUUCGAUCAAAUGUACAUGUAUUUUUUUAUAUAUAUUUAUUAAAUUUGUUAAAUGUUUUCAAAAGCGUUAGUUAUCAUAUUUUCUUGUUUUAAUCAUACCAACAGAAAUAAUGUUCACUAUUAACAGCAGUAUCCAUAACUAUUCAUAAUGGAGUUUUGCACUGAAUAAUGCUAAAGGUAAUAAAAAUAGAACUUAACGUUUACUUUUAAGCGGAUACUAACUUUAAGAAUCGUCCACAUGCGAUUUUUUUUUGUACACAAAAGAAAAUAUCUGAAGACGAUCCUACCAGAUAACCAAAUGUCAAAUUUAUAUUUGAGAAAGCUUACUUACUAUAGCUGAGUAUUCUGUUCAGCUUUUCAAGCGGAAUGCUGUCAAACUCCAUAUAAAAUCAGUCAGGAAAGGCAAAAGUCGGGCGGAGCCGACUAUAUAAUACCCUACUCCUACCCUACAAUUACAAAUUUGGGCAAUAUAUAAAUAUAUAUGUAUAUGAGAGCUAUAUCUAAAUCUAACCGACUUUCAAACAGAUCGUUUGAACUUUGUUGUUACUACGGCCAUAUAAGUGCAAAUCUGGCGAAUAAUAUGUAUGGUUGCUACACCCAAAUUUGAACCGAUUUUGCAGGUAUGUUAAGAUCAGUUAAAAAAAUUGUAGCUACUACGGUCAUUUAAGUGCAACCCGGGCGAUACAUAUAUAUGGGAGCUAUAUCUAAUCGGAACCGAUUUUGAUGAAAUUUCGUAGAUAUGUUAAAAUCAGUAACAAAACAGUCCAUGCCAAAUUUUGAGCAGAUCGGUGGAAAAUUGAAGAUACUCCAGACAUUUAAUGCUAAUCGGGCGAUACAUAUAUAUGGGAGCUAUAUCUAAAUCUGAACCGAUUUUGAUGAAAUUUUGCAGAUACGUUAAGAUCAGAUACAAAACAGUCCAUGGACUCAUGGACAGACAGACGGACAUGACUAAAUCGAAUUAAAAAGUGAUUCUGAGUCGAUUGGUAUACAUAUCAAUGGGUCUAGCUGUUCCCCUUCUUAGCAUUGCAAACAAAUACACAAACUUAUAUAUAAAAACUUUGACUAAAACCAGGCGGAAAAGUAAUACUCUGCUUUUCUUUUCUUUAUUUAUUUGCGAAAACUUAAAUUAAAUAGAGAAAAAAAAGUGCAGAUAAAAAACGUGUUUUGGUAUCGAAACAAAAACAUUCAAUUGCUGUCAAAUUUCCCCGACUAUUACGAAAGCAGAAUAGAAUACCAACCCUAUUACCAAAGGCCACGAUCUCCAGCACCCUGUUUCAAUUUCUGACACCUAGUUCCGAGAUAUCUUUCUCCAUUUGAUUUUCCUUUGGAAUUGUGGUCAUUCGCUUCAAUUGCUGUGUUUUAUUUACCAGUCUAGCGGAUUCGCUAGACUGGUAAAUAAACAACAGCUGUGUUUCAUUUUAGUUAUAUAUAGUGCAGUGCAAUGAAAUUUGUAUGAAAAUUACAUAUCUUCAGGGCAAAGAAGUUCUGGAUAAAUAACCAGUGCAGGCUUAUAUAGAACAUCUGUUGUCAGAAUUGCCAUCAUAUGUUUUUCAAAAAUAAGUGUGGCCACUUGCAGAAAUACCUAAAUUCAGAAUGGCCAAACAAAAUUACAAAAAAUCUAUCACAUAAAAAUGAUUUUAUUGUUGACAUUUGGAAUUUUAUAACUUUGUCUUCUUGGUUUGGCUCGAGGUCAUCGAACACAUGGUAUUUUACUCCAUAUGGCCUAAAACCCAUGCAAACAAUUUUUUGCACCUAACAAUAUUUGUAGCCUCCACAGCGAAUUUAUUAAAUGCCGAUGUGGAAACUAUAUUUGCCUAAAAUGGAUAUUUUGGGGAUUUUUGUACAAAAAAUUCCUGCAGAAUUUAUUUUUGGUUUUUUAACGAUACUUUUGUCUGCUCAAAUGGCAUAUUUUUUACUAGAUUUUAUUCGAUGUUGUUCCACAGUGCGCCGCGCUUUUCUGCACCCUUUUCCAAUUGCAGACACUUGGUUUCAAGAUGCCUUUCUCCACUUAAUUUUCCAUCGGAAUUUUGGUCUUCCGCUACAAUGUUUACUAAAAGACUGCACAAGCCAAAUUGAAUUAAAGCUUGAGAGCUGUCACAAUAUUCCAUUGUACUGUUAAGUUAUGCUAUAAAUAUUGAUAAACAAGGGCAGAACUCUGGCAUCCGUUAUCGAGCGAGUAUUUAUUCGAAGAUCAAUUCCGUUCCGUAAAUACUAACUGGAUGAUGGUUUACGAAGGAUAUUUUGUCAAAAAGUUAUCGAUUUCGGUGAAGAAAAAAAUCGAUCAGCCGAGUAUAUUUUGCCUUCACAAAGGUAAACAAAGCAAAUGGUGUUUGUUAAAACAAGUUAUUACUAGUAACAAAUAAAUAAAAAGAUGCUUUAAAUAAUAUGCCAUUGUUUUUUAACAAUAUGUUACUGUUUUUGCGCAAUAAAUUGUUUUAUGUGAAAGAGGGCUAAAAAAAUAUGUGGUGGAAUGCUGUCAAACUCCAUAUAUAAAAAAUGUCGGCGAAACGCCGGAGGAAAAUAGGUGAAAAAGUAGAACUCUGUUUAUGGUGAGGAAAAUGGCAAAAAGAAAUGUUAAUGGCAAAGCUUGACAUCAUUGCCGGCAUCAUUUUUGUUUUAUUGGUUUCAAUGGUUCGUUUUUUCUUUUUGUUAUUUUAUUUACUUGUGAAAAAAAAUAAUAAAGCCAUAAGCGCAGAUAAAAAACAUAACUCUCAAAUUCUGCUCGCGGAACAAUUAAAGAUUUCCGCGACUAUUCCGAAAGCAGAAUAGAAUACCAACCCUUACGUCGCACAGUGUUGCCCCGGUGGUCAAAAAUCGAAAAUAAAAAUUGUUAUGAAAUUUCUGAUUUUUCACAAAAUCCUUCAAAUAAAAAGAUUUAAAAAAAAAUGUGUUCAAUGUGUUUUUACCCAAAUAUUAAAAUUUUUGUCUAUGUAAGCAAAAUGGAUUUUUUUUAAUUGGGGUACCAAAAUAGAAUAAAAUCUUAAACAUAGAGGACAGGACCGACUUGCCCCGCUCUAAUUCUUUUUCAAUGUUCUUCAGUGAAGUACCAUGAAUCAAAAAUGCUAAAUUUUAGAUGCACGAACUUGCGUCAAUUCAAUAUUUUUGGUAAUUUUUCAAAAAAUGAUUUUUUGGCCCCUUUUUGGAAACAGGAUUAAAAAAUCAUUCAAAUUGGGAUUCUAGCAUAUGAAAAUAUCCCCAAAAAAAGGUCCGCUGAAUACACCAAAUCAGUAUCAGUAACACAGAAAACACAAAUCAGGGAUAAAGUCGUAAGGGAUAAAGUAAAUCCCUUCGAUUGGCUUUAGAACUCAAAUCAAUAGAUAAGUUAAUGGGAGCUAUAUCAGUUUAGGUUAGAUUGAAAAGAGGGUGUAUAUAUUAAUCCGCCCCAUGCCACUAUGGACAUACACCUAAGCCAGGUGUAUGUGCCCUCUACAAACUAUAAAGUAACCUCUAAAAAGAAAAAUCUAAGUUACAAAAUCCUUAAUUGUUUUCAAUACCACUCCCCUAAGUUGGUUCCUAUCUGGAAUUGUGUCCCCACCUAAGUGCCGGUGUCUUUGAUCCGCGAAAACCGGGCAAUGACAAAGGAAAUGCUCCAACUUCUUAUCAUCUUACCCGCAUGCCCUACACAUGCUAUCACUUGCCGCACCGAUUUAACAUAAGUGAGCUCGUAGUCCUAUGUUUCCCGUUAUGAUACCAAUAGCUAUACUGACCUCCUUCUUGCUUCCUUUCAAUAAUUGUCUCGUCUUCUCACGAUCUGGAACCCCCCAUAGGAUUUUCGCCGUCCUACCGACCGUUUCGUUGUUCCACAAUGUUGCAUGCGCAUUCGUCGCCCACUCCCUUUGCUUCGACUGCGUCGACACGAAAGGCUUCGGGUUAACUAAGUUUAUUGACGGCAGUCCUCUGGCCUUCACCGCCUAAUUGUCUGCCCUUUCAUUUCCUCUUACUUCGUUAUGGCCCGGCACCCAACCGAUGCGGAUUUUGCCAUCCUCAGCCUUCUCUGAGGAUUAAUCUCCUCUUACACUGCAAGACUGUUCGUGACCUUUCCGUCCUGGUUGUUAUUGCCCUUAUAGCAAUUUUACUGUUGGUAAAGAUGUUAACACUCGAUGGCCUCAACACCACACCACCUCACGCAUUCCGUGAUCGCCCGGAUCUCUGCCUGCAGGACCGUAUUAUGGUCAGACAGUCUAAAACAGAUCUCAGUUCCUGGGUUCGCAAUGUAAACCCCCAGGUCCACUCUGUCCUCUAGCUUUGAUCCAUCCGUGUAACAUGAUCUUUCAGAUGGCACUACUAGGGUUCCGUCAAUCCAAGAUUGACUGUGCCGAUGGCAGCAGUGCCUCGCACUCGACUUCAAGGUUUAUCUCAAGUAUCCGAUAGGAAACCUUUUCUCUUCCUUUCGGGUUUCCUAUCGUCGCCUCGAUCAUAGCGCGAUGGUAUGUGCUGCUCCUACCGCCUUAAGUCUCAUAGCCGCAGUGGCUGUCUCACACUUAAUCUUUAUGUCAAUGGCUCGGAUAUCUAGAAUAGUCUCCAGUGCCCUAGUGGGCGUGGUCCUCAUUGCAACGCCUAUGCCAAGACAACAUGUUCUCUGAACUUGUUGUAUGGUCCUUAUGUUGCACUUCUUCUUCAUAGCAAUCCACCAAACUACUGAGGCGUAAGUAGUGUUGGUCUAAUCACGCUCCUGUAGAGUCAGUGGACUAUCCUCGGAUUCAGGCUCCAUUUCGAGCCUACGGCCCGUCUACAUAGUGCCCAACAUCUGUGAGCCUUCUUAGUACGCUCCUGAAUGUGACACUUCCAAUUCAGUUACCUGUCCGAGAUCACACCUAUAUAUUUGACCUUGUCAGAUAUCGAAAUCGUCUUAUUGAGGAAACGUGGUGCGUUUAAUUGUCCCACCUUCGUCAUGCUCAUAAACAGGCAUAUUUCAGUAUUCUCUGGGUUAACAUUGAGACUCCUGGGUCUAGCCCAGCCAUAUGCAAAAGCCUUUCGGCCCUUCUGCAUAGCUCGUUCGGAUCCUUACCCAUUAGAAGAAUUAAAACAUCGUCUGCGUAUCAGACGGGUUUAAAUCCCUCCUCAGUCAGCAUCCGUAAUAGGUCAUUUAUUGUGGUCACCUGUAGGACAGGCGAUAAAAUGCCCCCCUGUGGCACUUUCUCCCUUAUAUUUAUGCCAUGGGACACACAAUUUAUCCACCUGUUCCUUAGCAUAUGGCUUAUCCAGUCUCUAAUGGCCGGGUCCACCCGGUACUGGUCUAAGGACUGGAUUAGUGUGUCGGUCCGCACAUUGUUAGAAGCCCCCUUGAUGUCAAUUCAUACCGCCAGUGUGUACGUUUUGGCAUCGAAGGAGUCUUCUAUUUUAUGCACAACCUCGUGCAGAGCAGUCUCCACCAACCUUCCCUUGACAUAGGUAUGCUGUUGGUAUUUGAGCAGUUCGCUGGAUGUCCUACUCUUUAUCAUGGUGUCCACAAUACGUUCCAUGGUUUUGAGUAGAAAGGACGUAAGACUUAUGGGUCUGUGGUCCUUUGGUGUCGCAUUUACGGGAAUAUCAAAACAUAAAUAAAAAAAUUGUACUCAGAUGUUCGCAUGACCUCACCUUAUAAGUGCAACCUGCAUUUUGGAGAAGAAAAUUUACAACUCCAUCCCCUUCCUCGCUCGCUCCCUUUCUUAUUAAAACUUUGGGGUUCUAAUUGCCUGAGUGUAAGUUUACGCUGGAUACUGCUGUCAAGAGUAUUUUCGUCAAAUAGAAACAUGUGCAAAUUUUUAAUGGAAUAAUUAAAAGAGUACUCAGUUGUAGAUAUUUUUUUUCUCACUAUGCAUCUACUUUUAUCAUCUGAGGAAUAAAAACAAAUUUAAAUAAAAAAAUAUAUUUAAAAUAAUUUCAUGAUUGCAUUCAAUGGCAAAUAAUUAAAAUUUAUAAUGGUUUGUAACAAAAAGCUUAAAUAAAAAACUAUUUACAUAUAAUGUUAACACAUUUGCACAAACCCACACAUGCUUAUUCACACACACAGCAACAUACACACCCACACUAUUUGU